AUGAAAUUGUGAGGUACUGAGAGUGGAUGUCACAGAGACGUCGGGAUUAUCAAGCAAGGCACAACACACUCACAAGCAUGAGGACGAGUCCCAUGGAUCACAGAGCAAGCGCUGUGAGAUACUGAGGCAUGACAGGCACGAUGGUUUUGGCAUGUGUUGCAUGACCCGGGCACUGAAGGCAGAAAAGCAGCAACGAAAGACCAGACAAACAUUCAAUCUGAGGCCAUGGGGAGUGUUAGUGAAUUGUGUGUGUCCAGUUUUCAAGCUCUCUUGUGUCCAACGAUACCAAAGACCCCUCCAGUGCCUGACGACCUUACGCCUGAGGAGCAGAAGGAACUGGAAAACAUCCGCCGUCGAAAGCAGGAGCUGCUGGACGACAUUCAGCGUCUGAAGGAUGAGAUAGCCGAAGUGACCAGUGAGAUUGAGAACCUGGGCUCCACCGAGGAGAGGAAAAACAUGCAAAGGAACAAACAAGUGGCAAUGGGGCGUAAGAAAUUCAACAUGGACCCCAAAAAGGGGAUCCAGUUCCUCAUUGAAAACGACCUUCUGAAGAACACCAGUGAAGACAUCGCACGGUUCCUCUACAAGGGGGAAGGUCUUAACAAGACUGCAAUAGGAGACUACCUCGGAGAGAGAGAUGAGUUGAAUCUCCAGGUCCUUCAUGCUUUUGUGGAGCUGCACGAGUUCACUGAUUUGAACCUGGUUCAGGCUCUCAGGCAGUUCCUCUGGAGUUUCAGGCUUCCUGGCGAGGCACAGAAGAUUGACCGAAUGAUGGAGGCGUUUGCCCAGCGCUACUGCCAAUGCAACCCGGGAGUCUUUCAGUCCACAGACACAUGCUACAUUUUGUCGUUCGCCAUCAUUAUGUUGAACACCAGCCUUCACAACCCAAACGUGAAGGACAAGCCCCCAGUGGAGCGCUUCAUCUCCAUGAACAGAGGCAUCAAUGAGGGCGGAGACCUGCCGGAGGACCUGCUCAGGAACCUGUAUGACAGCAUCAAGAACGAGCCCUUCAAAAUCCCAGAGGAUGACGGCAACGACUUGACACACACUUUCUUCAACCCGGACAGAGAGGGCUGGCUGCUCAAACUGGGAGGACGUGUCAAAACCUGGAAGAGGCGGUGGUUCAUCCUCACUGAUAACUGCCUUUACUACUUUGAGUACACUACUGAUAAGGAACCAAGAGGCAUCAUCCCUCUGGAAAACCUCAGCAUCCGUGAAGUGGAGGACAAGAAACCGAACUGCUUUGAGCUCUUCAUCCCGGAUAAUAAGGACCAGGUGAUCAAGGCGUGCAAGACGGAGGCGGACGGACGCGUGGUGGAGGGCAAUCACACGUUCUACCGCAUCUCUGCUCCCACCACCGAGGAGAAGGACGAGUGGAUGAACAGCAUCAAAGCGGCCAUCAGCAGAGACCCUUUCUACGAGAUGCUGGCAGCGAGGAAGAAGAAGGUGUCCUCUGUGAAGAGACACUAGAGACGCUCAGGUGUUACACUUUCAGGACUACUGGAGACAGUUGAGCUGUGAAGAGUCGAACACAACCCCAACUUCACCAAGACCUGCGCCACUCUUUUUAAACGUCUUCUUGCUCAGCUCAAGCGUGUGUGUGUGUGUGUGUGUGUGUGUGUGUGUGUGUGUGUGUGUGUGUGAGUGUGUGCAUGUGUGUUAGAAGGAAGUCAAUGGGAUUUUUAACUCUAAUGCUUCCUUGAAACCCCCAAAGAGAACAUUUUUCCUCAUGCUUAACCAAAAUACGCUCUUUCUGUUUCUCUCUCUCUCUCUCUCUCUCUAUCCCUCUCGUCUCUUUGCACAGGCGCGCACUUGCAUUAUCUGAAAUCAGCAGGUCUGACAGAAUGUGGAAAACCAAACGAAAGUUGCUUCGUGCGCCAGAAAAGGAAGAUUUCCUUUGUGCUAUGAAAUGUACAGGCAAUAAGUGUAUUUUUACAUUUUGUAUCGUGCACAAAAGCGGCUUAGUCCUCAGAGGUUUAUUUGUGUAUUUAAUUGUACAAAAAAAGACACGUCUAUUAUUUGCAACAGAAAACGGCUCCACGGGCGUUUGCUCGGUUUUUUUUGGCAGACGCCAGCGUAUAGUGUGCGUGUUGUGUGAAGCUGACUUGUAUAUUGGCAGCGUUCACAGACAUAAGCAGAACGGAUGAAUGGUGGCCAGCUAAGGAUUCUGGGAUAUCGUCAUUACAAGGAUGUCACGCAAUGGUACUACCUCUCAGACAGACGGGACGGUAAUCAACAGAUGGGAAUGUUUGUAUUUUCCAUGAGGUCUCCAAUAAAACGCUUCUGUGCCUAACAACAGCUGAAAGUCCUCGGGAUGCUCCAGUGCCUGCUCGCGUUUCUCCAGUCACCCCUUGUUUAUCAGUCUAGCAGUUAUUCUACACGCUAAAUAUUAAAUCUAAGCAGUAUUGGUUUAAUUUAUCAAAGAUGUACAUACUUUAGUGUAUAGAGAAUAUUGGUUUCCAUUUUAUAAAUGUGUACUGUGUGUAGCAGUAUUGUACUAGUCGAGUGCCAUUUUCUUUCUUUUUUGAUUUUCUGGAGGUCGAUACCAUUGUAGUGGUAGCCAGAUCAUGCUGAAAUAAAGAUGUUAUAGCAGA